AUGAGCGGCCCCCUGCGGCCGGGCCCAAGCAGUUGGCGGCGGGCGGCCACCGUGGUGCUGGCUGCGGGCUGGACGCUCCCGGUCGCUGCCGCCCCGCCGCGGCCCCCGCCGCCCGCCGAGGGCUUCCGGCUGCUGCUGCUGCUGCGCUCCGCGCGCCAAGGCUUCUUGCCCGGGGCGCACGUCUUCCCGGGUGGGGUGCUGGACGCGGCAGACCGCUCGGCCGACUGGCUGAGCCUCUUCGCGCCGCACCACCGGCCGCCCCGCUUCGGCCUGGGCCCGGCGCCGCCCAAACGCGCCACCUUCCCGGUGCUGCCAGAUGCCAGGCCCGGAGCCGCCGACGGGGACGAGGCGGCGCUGCCGGAUGACGUUGCCUUCCGCAUCUGCGCCAUCCGCGAGGCCUUCGAGGAGGCUGGCGUGCUGCUGCUGCGGCCCAGGGGCCCCGGGCCCGCCGCGUCUGAGCUGGGCCGCGCCCUCGCGCCGCCGCCGGCCCUGGCCGACUGGCGCGCCCGCGUCCGCCGAGACCCGCAGCACUUCCUGCGCCUGUGCGCUCACCUAGACUGCACUCCCGACAUCUGGGCGCUGCACGACUGGAGCGCCUGGCUCACGCCUUUCACGCAGCGCCGUGGCCGCCGCUUCGAGACCACCUUCUUUCUGUGCUGCUUGUGCGAGCCGCCGCCGGUCUUCCCCGACUUGGUGGAGGUGGUGGACUGCCAGUGGUCAUCUCCAUCAGAGGCAACUGAAAGCUUCAUAUCAAAGGAAAUUUGGCUUGCACCUCCACAGUUCUACGAAAUAAGAAGACUAGAACACUUUGCCUCUCUCUCUGACUUGUACAAAUUUUGUUUGGAUCGUGAAUUAGAAGGGGUGGAAAGAUGGCUGCCGAUCACAUUAUUAACUGCUGAUGGAACAAUCCAGCUUUUACCAGGAGAUGAGAUGUACUUAGAAGAUUCAAACUAUUUAGAAAAUCUUAUGUCCACUGAAAAAAAGAAUGAAGAAAUCAUGAAAGAAGGCAAGAAAUUUCACCGAGUAGUGAUGUACAAUCGCCAUGAUUAUAACAUCCACGUGACAGUUCAGUCAAAGUAUAAACAUGUUUACCCUAAGAACUAUGUAGUGAGUAAGAGCCGUCUGUAG